AUGAAUGAGCGGCUGCAGCGACUGCAGCUGGCCUUGUUCCUGGAAGCGACGGAGUGGCUCCAGUUCGCAAUUCCGGAGAGCUACAUCCGGAUGGCAUCCUUGUCUGGACUUCCCCUUGCGCGGAAGAGUUUGUCCACGAACGUCUUCUCGAAGCUCGAAGAAAUGAAGUGGCCGAACCCUGAUUGGCUGGCCCGGCGCAUCCUCAAGAUCGUGGAUGAGCGCGAGGCCGAGUACGAGGCACGGCAGCCCCAGCACAGCCGAGACAUGAGCCCCCCGCCUUCCACGUCCUCCUCGUUCGGGCGCUCGCACCUGAUCAAGGCGACGUCCGAAACCGACCUCAGCACCGCGGUCCCCUCGGAGGCUCCCGGCACCACCUGCGAGUCGGAGGCCUGGGCUCCUCGCUUUGGCGGCUCAGAGGUGAGCGAGGUCAGAGCAGACCCACCGCGCCAAGCAUCAGGGGCACCCGCCUCCCCGGAGCCCGUCAAGGACUCGAUUAGUCGAGACCAGGAGCCCGAACCAAGCAAAGGGGAGGAGGUAGCGCCCGCGGUGCCCAUGAAGCCGAUGGAGCCCGCGAAGAUGGAGGACCACGAUGAGCAAGUGUCAGGUGGUGCGGUGCUUACCCGGAUGCCCUCCAGGCAGAACGACAGCGAGUAUGGCGAUGACUUUGAAGAGGAGCCAGAGGAGGAGGAGGAGGUUGCACGGCCUGCAAUAGUGGUUGUGGCUGCACCGCCUCCUCAGCCAGCGAAGGACUCUCCCGGCACGGUGCAAGCCAGCGAAGCUGUUCCUGCCUGGGCCCAGCAGGCCAAGGCGAAAACUAUGCCUAACAACAACAACCUGGCUGGGCGUGAGGAGGUCAAGGAGCCGGCGAAGGGAGACAAGGACUUGGCGCAGGCCACGUCUCCAGCGCAAGCUCCAGAAGAGGGCAGCGAAGUGGAAAGCAACUACGACGAUGAGCAGGAUGCAUUCGAGCAGGAGUCGUCGGAACCGACACCGGCGCCAGUGGCAUCAUCGCCCUUGAGAUCAGCGGCAAGCUACGACGACGAGGAGUUCGAGGAACAGCUUUCGGAAGAGCUCGGCGCCGAUCCUCCGAAAGGCCCAGCAGGCCAGCAGCAGCCUGAGGCCGUCUCGGGGGCCUCCUCACCAGCAGAGGAGCAGAUCUCCGAGGAGCUGGAGGAUGUCGCUGAACCGAGAACUGUGCCGCGAGAUGGCUCGGUUGCAUCUCCAGCGAAAGUUGUAGAUGCGGGCAGCGAAGUGGCCAGCAACUACGAUGACGAGCCGGAAGCUUUUGAGCAGGCGUCAUCGGAACCGACGCCGGCAGGGAUGGCUCCGUCAGUAGCAGCGACUGAGAGCUACGAUGACGAGGACUUCAAGGAACAGGUUUCGGAAGAACUCGCGGCCGACCCUCCGAAAGGUCAGUCAGGCCAGCCGGGCCGCGAGGCCGCCUCGCCAGCGGAGGCGGCUGAAGUGACACCAGCACCGAUGGCGCCAUCGGAGGAAGCAGCUGACAGCUACGCUGACGAGGACUUCGAGGAACAGCCUUCUGAAGAACUCGCUGCCGACCCUCCGAAGGGGCAGUCAGGCCAGCAGGGGCGUGAGGCCGUGGGCGUGGCCUCCUCGCCUGCACAAACGCCGAAAGAGACGGCGUCAGAAGUGACACCAGCGCCGAUGGCGCCGUCGGCGGAAGGAGCUGAGAGCUACGCUGACGAGGACUUCGAGGAACAACCUUCCGAAGAACUCGCCGCCGACCCUCCGAAAGGGCAGUCAGGUUUGCAGGGGCGCGAGGCCGUCGGCGGGGCCGCCGCGCCAGCGGAGGCGGCGUCAGAAGUGUCACCAGCGCCGAUGGCGCCCUCGGUGGAAGAAGCUGAGAGCUACGCUGACGCGGACUUCGAGGAACAGCCCUCUGAGGAGCUUCCUGCUGACCCGCCGAAAGAGCCGUCAGGCCCGCAGGGGCGCGAGGCUGUCGGCGGAGCCGCCUCGCCAGCGGAGGCGCCGUCAGAAGUGACGCCCGCGCCGAUGGUGCCAUCGGAGGAAGCAGCUGAGAGCUACGCUGACGAGGACUUCGAGGAGCAGGCUUCCGAAGAGCUCGUUGCCGACCCUCCGAAAGAGCCGUCAGGCCAGCAAGGGCGCGAGGCGCCUGCCCUGCCAGCGGAGGCUGAGCGAACGCUGAAGGAGGCGGCGUCGGCAGUGACACCAGCGCCGAUGGCGCCAUCGGUGGAAGAAGCUGAGAGCUACGCUGACGAGGACUUCGAGGAACAGCCUUCCGAAGAACUCGCCGCCGACCCUCCAAAAGAGCAGUCAGGCCAGCAAGGGCGCAAGGCGGCCGCCCCGCCAGCGGAGGCUGAGCGAACGCUGAAGGAGGCGGCGUCGGCAGUGACACCAGCGCCGAUGGCGCGAUCGGUGGAAGAGGCUGAGAGCUAUGCUGACGAGGACUUCGAGGCCAGACGCGCUUAG